GAGGAAAUUUCCCAAAGCUCCCCUACAUACGGUGGGGGGCGGUUUGCGGGGCUCCGUUGGAGCCAAGCCUAAGGAGGCCAACCGCCUGGCGCAAGCCGCCGCCGCUAUUCCUGCUCAGAGCAACGCCGCCGCCGCUUCAAGCACUGCCGCCACCGCUCUACCACCUCCGCCACCAGAUCCGCUGGUGGUCCGGCCGGAUCUGGUGGUCCGGUGGCCGGAGCAGCACCUCCCUCUCCCCGUUCACCCAAGCCGCCGUUCAAGCCGCCGUCCCCUGAGAAGAAGGGCUCGAACCCGUUCGGUCGCACACCGGCGAUCCCGUUGGCUUCGGGGACGAAGACCAGGGCGGCGGAUGGCUGCCACCGUCGCAGUAUGGCGCACUGGAACCGGGGCGGGCGGUGGAAGACGAAGAACAGGGCCAUCAAUUGCAUAGUUGACGGUUCGUCGACGGGGAUCGAUUUGCCUCUGGAUGUCGAAGUCGAGUUCGAUUCCCUUCGAUUUUCCCCUGUUUCUCGUUCUCUUCUUCUCAGUGGAAGAACAAAGUGCUGAUAACGUGUAAAGAGUAAUCGCGAGAGACAAAGUGCAAAUCUUAGAGCAACCAAAAGUCCUUUCCUUGAUCUGAGUGUUUGCUAUUUAUACAAGAUAGAGGGAUGCCAUGAACGGGCAUCACUCUCACGCACGCGGUAACUGCCCCGUCAAGGGACACACCGAUUCAAUCAAGAGGGACGGAUGAGAUCAUCCCUUAAUUAUUUACAACAGCGAGAACAGCUCGACACGCCUCCGCUGCGAACUCGAGCGUGGCUCGUGCGUUGGCCGCGCUGUGAGCCUUUUCUUCCCGCUCCCGCCCAAACGAGCGAUGCCGCCGCGGAAGCCGCUGACGGCGCUGCUCAAGUCGGCGACGCGGCCGGGGCACCUGCUCCAGCUCCACGCCUUGAUGAUCAAGUCCUCCCACUUCCCGCACCACGCCUUCCCCACCGCCAGGCUCCUCGCCUCCCCGCUCGCGCCGCUCCCCUACGCGAUCUCCCUCUUCGCCGCCGUCGCGCGGCCCACGCUCUUCCACCACACCGCCCUGCUCCGCGCGCUCUCCGCGUGCCCCUCCGCGGCCUCCCUCGCCGCGUCCUUCUCCGUCCUCGCCUCCGCGCGGGCGCGCCUCCCGGCCCUCGACGAGUUCGCGUUCCAGCCGCUCCUUACGCUCUGCGCGAAAAUGCCCGAAAGCGCCGAGGCGGCCUCCAUUGGGAAACAGCUGCACGGGGUCGUGCUCCGGUACGGGUUCCUGGACGUUUUGAGCCUGCGGAAUGUGCUGUGCCACUUCUACUGCAGCUGUGGUAGCAUGGAGGACGCGCGGAGAGUGUUCGACGAAAUGCCAGUAAGGGACGUCAUCUCUUGGAACACGGUGAUCGGGGGCUAUGUCAGGGCAGAGGAUGUGGGAACAGCGGUGGAUAUGUUUACCGCGAUGAGGUGGGCUGACAUGGAUGUCAACGCGACUGCGGUGGUCACCCUGAUUGGGUGCAGCUGGCAAGGGGAGUCAGUUCAUGGCUUCUGCGUCAAGGCGGGCCUCUGCAGUGAUGUGAAGGUUGCGGCAGCAAUGGUGGGGAUGUAUGUGAGGGAGGGUGUUGUUGAAUGUGCAAGCAAGGUGUUUCAUGAGACGGCCAGGAGAGACUUGGUGCUGUGUAAUUGUAUGGUGGAUGGCUAUGCAAAGGCAGGGCGAAUUCAGGAGGCAAUGGGCUUGAUUGACAGGAUGAGACAAUCCGGAAUGAGACCAACUUCAGGGACACUUGUGGGCGUGCUCUCUGCGUGUGGAGCAUCAGGUGCAUUGCCAGCCGGUCGCCGCGUCCAUGAGCUUGCUCAAGAGGCAGGGCUUGAGCCUGACUCCGUGCUUGGGACGGCGCUUAUGGAUAUGUACUUCAAGUGUGGGUGCCCUGAGGAGGCUGUUUCAGUCUUCAGUGCAAUGCAUAAUAGGGACGUGAAGGCAUGGACAGCAAUGAUCAUGGGAUUCGGAGUCAAUGGACAGCCAGAUGCAGCCAUCUCCCUGUUCUACAGGAUGGAGGAAGACGGUGUGGCUCCUAACGAGGUCACCUUCCUCGCGCUGCUGAGCACUUGUAGCCAUGGUGGGUUGGUGCAGGAAGGGAAGGAGUUCCUGGAACGUAUGGUGCUCCAUCACGGUUUGCCUCCCAGCCCUGAGCACUACAGCUGUGUCAUUGAUCUCCUGGGAAGGGCAGGGCGUCUAGACGAAGCUUAUGAGCUCAUACGAAGCUUGGCAUCCUGGGGUGAUGCUACGGGGUGGAGAGCGUUGCUUGCAGCCAGUAGAGUCCAUGGCAACGUGAAACUGGGCAGGAUGGUGCAGGCACAGCUGGACGCCAUGGGUCACUACCAUCCGUCAGAUGCCAUUCAGCUGUCGAACACGUACGCAUCAGAAGGCAGGUGGGACGAGAUAGCUCGGUUGAGGGAUUUAGAAGCGCAGAAAAUCUCUGUGGAGAAGGAAGCAGGCUGCAGCUCCAUUGUUGUGUCUUGCUAGUGUAUCCAGACUUGAUGAACUACAGCAACCGCCAACUGAACUCAAAGUGGCAUUCCCAGCGAGGAAAGUGUACUUGUGUAGGCAAUUCAGUGGUUACAUCAGGCAUGCUAGUUUAUGAUCAGAGCUAUCCAUACUUGUACAGGAUUACAGAUACAUAGAGAAGUGAUUAACAUGUUUUCUAUUAUUGAGCGUUUA